UGCCGGACUCAGUCGCUAGCUCACCUCCACGGGUUCAUGUCGCUCUGGUACUUUUUUGAGCAAACACACCAAACAAUAAGGUCAAAUAUCCUUAAAUUGUAUUGAAAAUGUAUAAAUUCUUUGUAAUAAUAUUUGUGUGUUUGUUCUUAGGAAAAGGAAGCGCCGACAAGCCAUGUGCGGCGCGGUCGGUCGACGGUCGGUCGGUGUUGUGUGUUUGCAACGCUACAUACUGUGACGACAUCACCAGGGAAGCGCCUGCGAGUGGCAAGUUUGUCGCUUAUACUUCCUCUGAGGGAGGACUACGCUUCAACAAGAUCCAUGAUGAAUUGGAAGAUGUUGCGUCAAGUAGUUGUUGCACGACCACUUUGACGAUAAAUCCAGACACCACAUUCCAGACCAUCGAAGGCUUCGGUGGGGCUGUCACCGACUCCGCCGGCCUCAACUGGAAGAACCUUUCUGAAACGCUACAAAAUGAAUUAAUUAAUGCGUAUUAUGGCGACAACGGUCUUGAGUACAACAUGGUGCGCGUGCCCAUCGGCGGGGCCGACUUCUCCUCUCGCUUUUACACGUACAACGACCUACCCAAAGAUGACGUCAAGCUAUCCAACUUCUCACUUGCUUAUGAAGACUACCAUUAUAAGCUGCCGAUGAUCAAGAAAAUUCUAUCAACAUCAAGCGCUCCAAUAGAAAUCGUAGCAUCGACGUGGACUCCUCCUCUGUGGAUGAAGAGCAGCAACAAGUCUUCGGGCUUCAGCCAUCUGAAAGAAGAAUACUAUCAGACUUAUGCUGAUUAUCAUAAAUUGUUUUUGGAGCACUAUGCGAAGGAGGGUGUCAAGAUUUGGGCCAUCACGACAACGAAUGAGCCUAUUAACGGCGUGAUACCCUUCAUCAAGAUCAACUCUCUAGGGUGGACUCCAUAUAAUAUGGGUAAAUGGAUAGUAAACAACCUGGGACCUACGAUCCGCAACUCCACCUUCAAGGACAUCAAGAUCCUGGCCUUGGAUGACCAGCGAUACACCAUCCCCGUUUGGUUCGAGUUGAUGGUAAAGAAGCAUCCAAAAGCAUUAGAGUACAUAGACGGUGUUGCAGUGCAUUGGUACGGAGACGCAUUCACUCCUGCGUCGAUUCUCUCCACUGUUUCCAAGAAAUACCCCGGCAAGUUCAUCCUGGCCACUGAGGCUUGUGAAGGAAGCUUCCCCUGGCAAAAAGAAAAGGUUGAGCUGGGCUCGUGGUCCAGAGCCAAGAACUACAUCGAAGAUAUCUUAGAGGACCUGAACCACAACGUUGUCGGCUGGAUAGACUGGAACCUAUGCCUCAACGCUGAUGGAGGCCCCAACUGGGUAUCCAACAACGUAGAUUCACCCAUCAUAGUCUACCCCGAAGUGGGAGAGUUCGUCAAACAACCCAUGUUUUACGCCAUGGGACAUUUUGCCAAGUUCGUCCCUCGAGGGUCCAAGAGAAUUGAUGUUAAAGAGAAGAAGCCUGUGUUGAAGAAGUCGAUAGAGAACGCUGCGUUCCUGACGCCCAGAGGAACGAUCGUUGCUGUGCUUUAUAAUGGCGGCGGUGAGAGGAAUGUAGCGGUGAAGCUCGGAGACCAACAAGCUAGAUUGGUUCUGGAUAGCAAUUCCGUUACCACCGUGGAGUUCCUUUACCAGUCUUCAGAUAGUCAAUAAAUUGUGAAAAUAUAUAUACGAAUACAAACGAAAA